AUGACCGACUCUUUUCCCGACAGCAUACGGCUCCAUCAGCGGUGUUGGUCGGAUUUUAGUUUUACUUUGGCCAUAGAUGAGUUACUCUCACCUUUUGGUCUUUGUUUUCCCUUCAAUAAUUUCAGCAAUUAUGUGUUGGUGAUAACGAUUUAGGUGCUAUGUUGCUUAAACUGUUGAUUAUCCGACUCAUGUUGUUUGAAGCUUGGUUUUACAGGAAUUAUUAUUAAUAUUUGCAGUUUAUAAUUGAAGAGAAGAAGAAGAUUUCGAAGCAUAUUACACAAUUCCUUUAGCUGCUAUAUUUCAGUUUGGAGUUUCGAUUGUCCUAUUUCUGGUGAAAACUCAAAGAUUCAUGUUUCGAUUUUUGUAUCGACGGUGACUCUUUCACCAGAAUCGAGCUCGUACGGCGGAGGCUGAAUCGGAAUCCUUUAGGUUACUCAUCCCCACGUGUCUGAUUUGUAUUUCAUUACUGACACGUUGCGUUUGGAUGGAGACAAGAUGCCAACUCUUCUUCAAUAUAAUGUGAUCUUGGGCUUUACUUAAUCUUGUAAAAUUUAAGUGUGGGCUGUGGUUUGUUUUAGCCCAUUUAUGUAUGGUUUGUUCUUUCAAUAAAAUAUGAGACAAAAAAAAAAGAUAUCAUGUGGGUUUAAGC